AGAAGAAAAUCCUGAGGCACAAACCUUUCCACUCGGACAUUCCUCUUCCUGCUGCUGCUGCUGGUUUGACUCGUUCACCAUGUGGCUUUACAACUUUUUACUGGGAUUUGACCUCAAAGGAAUAUUGCUGUUUUUUUUUCUCUUCUUACUGAUAGCACACUACCUCAGAAACAGGAAUCCUCCAAAUUAUCCCCCAGGACCAUGGGGUCUCCCAUUGGUGGGGAAUUUCUUCAGUCUGGACAAAGAUCUACACAUUUAUUUUACCAAGCUGGCUGAUGUCUAUGGGAAAGUGUUCAGCAUCAACCUUGGCAAUGAAAAGUUGGUGGUUGUGUCUGGGUGCAAGAUGGUAAAGGAAGCCGUGGUGACACAGGCCGAGAACUUUGUGGAUCGACCAUACAGCCCAGUUGCUGACAGGUUUUACUUAGGAAGCUCAGGUGGUCUGUUCAUGAGCAAUGGUGACUCAUGGAAGAGACAGCGGCGAUUCGCCUUGUCUACCUUACGAAACUUUGGCCUGGGCAAAAGUAUCAUGGAGCAGAGCAUCUGCGAGGAGAUCCGGUACCUGCAAGAGGAGAUAGAGAAGGAGAAAGGUGAACCUUUCAACCCAGCAGGUCUCUUCAACAACGCUGUAUCCAACAUCAUUUGCCAGAUGGUGAUGGGGAAACGGUUUGACUACAGCGACCACAACUUCCAGAUCAUGCUGAAGUAUUUGUCUGAAGUUAUCAUGCUGGAGGGCUCAAUAUGGGGUCUACUCUAUGAGGCCUUGCCUGGUGUGAUGAAGCACUUGCCAGGCCCUCACAACAAAAUGUUCAGCCACUUCAAUGACAUCCUUGACUUCAUCAGUCAGGAGGUACAGAGGCAUAAGCAGGACCUGGACCACAGCAAUCCCCGGGACUACAUUGACAGUUUCCUCAUCGAAAUGGAGAAUCACAAAGAGUCUGAUCUGGGCUUCAAUGAGAUCAAUCUGACUAUGUGUUCUGUGGAUCUGUUCCUGGCUGGAACAGAGACAACCUCCACCACUUUGCAAUGGGCUUUGGUUUACCUCAUCAAAAACCCUGACAUCCAGGAGAAAGUCCAGGCAGAAAUAGAUAGAGUGAUUGGAGAAACCCGCCUGCCCACUAUGGCGGACAGACCCAACCUGCCCUACACUGACGCUGUCAUCCAUGAGAUCCAGAGGAUGGGAAACAUUGUUCCUCUCAACGGAUUCAGAAUGGCCGCCAAAGACACGACACUUGGCGGUUACUUCAUACCCAAGGGUACCUCAUUGUUGCCCAUGCUGACCUCUGUGCUGUUCGACAAGACAGAAUGGGAGACUCCAGACACUUUCAACCCAGGACACUUCCUAGACGCUAAUGGAAAGUUUGUAAAGAGAGAAGCAUUCCUGCCUUUCUCUGCAGGGAAACGCGUGUGUCUCGGAGAAGGGCUGGCCAAGAUGGAGCUGUUCCUGUUUUUGGUGGGUUUAUUUCAGAAGUUCUCUUUCUCUGUUCCUGAUGGAGUAGUGUUAAGUACAGAAGGAGUUACUGGAACCACACGUGUACCGCACCCCUUCAAGGUUUAUGCUAAGGCUCGCUGAAUUAUGCAACAUCUCAUUUUUAUCUAACCAGCAUUAUGUGACAUGGACAGCAAUCAUACUAACCAAAACAUUUUAGCAGAGUAAGCUUUGUCUCAACCUUUGUCUGUUGUAUGAUUUUCUCAUGUCAUGAGGACCUGGUCAUUUUCUGCUCUGUACAUUAAAUUCUGUGUGAUACAGUUACUAUACAUAAAAAGAUUAUUGUGGUGAUUCUACACUUUGUCCUUGUAAUGAUUAAUGGCAAGAUGUAUACAUUUUCUUAUACUAUUCUUUAUAGUAAUGAUGCCUUUUAGGGUCAU